CAGUUUGGAACGUUGUGUGCUCGUGGUAUUUUUUGUUUAGUAAAAUUCGUGCAAGUAGUUCGUGCCCAUUUGGUACCUUUCCAGUGCUUAGUAAAGUUGAAAAGUUAUAAAAGCAUGGCAACUACUAAUGCAAUGAAAUUUGUGUUAUCGACAGUGCAAAGGAAUUUGUGGAAGCAGAACUUGUCCAGUAUAAGACUUCUGAGUUCAGUUAAUUUAGGUUCAUAUGAAAAUAUCAAGACUGAUGUUGUUGGAGAGAAAAAAAACAUAGCUCUUGUUCAAUUGAACCGUCCUAAACAACUAAAUGCACUAUGUGCAGCUCUUAUGGAGGAAUUGGGUGAUGCCCUGGUAAAAUUAGAUAAAAAUGAAUCAAUUGCAGCUAUAAUUAUUACUGGAAACGAAAAAGCAUUUGCAGCAGGGGCAGACAUAAAAGAAAUGCGAACUAGCACCUUUUCAGAUUGUAUUAAUGGAAAAUUUUUGGAUUUAGAUAAAGUCAAAACAGUCAAAAAGCCAGUCAUUGCUGCUGUAAACGGUUAUGCUUUGGGUGGUGGAUGUGAACUGGCUAUGAUGUGUGAUAUAAUUUAUGCCGGAGAUAAAGCCAAAUUUGGACAGCCAGAAAUUCUUAUUGGUACCAUACCUGGAGGUGGUGGUACUCAAAGACUGACUAGAGCAGUAGGAAAAUCAAAAGCCAUGGAAAUUAUUUUAACAGGUAAUCAAUUUACUGCUCAGGAGGCUGAAAGAAUGGGUCUUGUGAGCAAGAUAGUGCCAGCUGAUCAGCUCCUUCCAGAGACUAUCAAGCUUGCUGAAAAGAUUGCCAGUAAUUCGGCUGUAACUGUUAAGAUAGCCAAAGAAGCAAUAAAUGCAGCUUUUGAAAGCACAUUAAAUCAAGGAUUGCUCUUUGAACAGAGAAUGUUCCAUGCAACGUUCGGCACCAAAGACCAGAAGGAAGGGAUGUCUGCUUUUGUUGAGAAAAGACCUCCCAAAUUUACCAACGAGUAAAAAAAUAGGAAACAAAGAUCAAAAAGAUGUUUGAAAAUGGGAUAAGUGAUCUAAGUAUAUUAAUUAUAUUUUGAGCGGUACUGGAUUUUUUAUGUCUUUAUCAAUUUUAUAAUAUAUAAAAUGAUUAUGA